CAAUUUGAAAUCAUAAAAUCUGCCAAUUGUUAAAAUGCUUGAACUUGGAGUAGAGGUUGGGGAUGUUGUCAGCAUUCUUCUAGGAGUAGCUUUAACAACUUCGCUUUUUCAUGCUUAUAGGGUCUGGUGGACAGUGCACGAGGAAGGCCCAACUGAGCCCUUCGGAAAUCAUGCAGAUAUAGAUCCUGAUGAGGUGGAUGAGGCUUAUGAAAAUGUGAUUCUCUGUGACUCUAUUAUUGCUGGAGAAUACUUUCUUGUAAAAACAAAUAAUUACAGAGAAUUCCUUAAACAUAUGGACUCAUCGUUUUUUGGAACAUGUUUUCUACCGAUUGUGAACACAACACUACAAAUGGAAAAGACGGGUGAAGCAAGAUGGAAAUAUAUUCAGGCCUUUAAAGGAGUAACUACAACGGAGUUUUUGGAAUUCGAGUUUGAGCUGGGACUUCACACCAAGUUUAUGUGUCCAGUAUUGAAGAAGCCUAUGGAUAUACUAGUAACUGCUAGAGGGAAAAAUAAGUUCAUUGCUCUCUCUUCGGUUGAUAAUCCAGGUUCAGGGGUCAGAACUCUAGUAGAUGAGAGGACAUUUAACGAGAAUGGAAUGAGUCAGAAACUCAGGAUAAAAGAACUUCCAGACUUCGUCUGUAAUAUGGAGUGGGCUAGAGUACAGAAACCUAUUAUCAUCUAGUCUAAUCAAUAUGAUAUUUUAACAUGCAUUUACCAGAUUUAGUGAGGAAAAUAAAAGUGAUAUAAUCUUGUUA